UCUUCCACCGCCUACAUUCAAGUCGGACUGAACAUUGACUGUCGUCGGACAGGCCUCGUCGGCGGAGCGAAAGUUUCGCGUGCACGCGUCUCGUCGUUGCGAGUAAAAUGACGUUUAUCGGUCCACGCGGCUAUUCCGUUGAUCGUCCGUGGCCCAGGCACGUCCACGUUUGACGUGUUAUGUGAACCUCCUGCACCUGGAAAUCGGUUGUUCGUGCUAGCAUGAGUAUUUCUCAGGAAAGCGCAGCCACGAUCGUGUGCAAGGAGAUCUUCGACGGAGUCUCGCACCCGUCAGACGAAGAGGUACUCGAAUAUGCGAGGCGGUUGGGAAUCGACCCGGAUACAGAACCACACCUCCUGAGUUUGGCUCGGGAGGGCCUGAUGGCGGCCCUCCCCAAGGGCUGGCUACCAUGCUUCCACGAAACGAGCGGUGCUUGGUACUAUUACCAAGCUUCCACCGGAACCACCACCUGGCAACAUCCCCUGGACGCCGUGUACAAGGAGAUGGUCGAGCAGGCCAGAGCUGCGAGCAAUGCCAAGCCUGUUAACGCCAGGCAGAUCAGCGUCGAAGAGGACUCGAAGACAACGGCCAAGGAGCUCGAGUCCAACGAGGAAGCAACUCUGCCCAAGGAAACAUCUUCGUCCAAAGAAUCCGCCAAGCAAUCCGCCAAGAACAAUCUGCCACCUACCAGAAUCCCUACGAAGCUGGCGCCGUUGAAAAAAUUGGACAAGAUCGACGGUACGAGGAAGAAGGAUGGCGGCGGGAGCCAAGAGAAGCAACAAUCGAAACGGGAGGACAAUCCGUUGGCGACUAACAGGGCCGGCAGGGAUUACACGAACCUCAAGUUCCAAGAUCCGAGAUUCUACGAGUGUCCCAAGCUUCUGGAGACGGCCCCGUCGACCACCAACACGACCACCACCAGCCCAAAGCAGCAGGAGAUAGACCUGAAAGAGGUGCUCAAGAGAUCGGAGUCUCUCAGCCCGAGGCACGAGAAGGAUUGGGAGCAGUUGUCAAGCAGGUUUAGCUCCGAGGAGAACAUCAUAGACAUCGAUAAACUUAGCAUCAACACGUUGGCCAGGUCGGAGAAAUCCGACAAGUUCGACAAGGAGAAGCAUCCGAGCCAAUUCGGCCAACAGAAGGAGUUGACUCUGAGCGGUGGAGGGACCAUGUUUCUAAAGAGCAACAGGAGCAGGGACACCACGCCUAUCCACGAAACCGGUAAACUCGACGAGUUCCGUAUCUCGUCGAUCCCGGACGAGACCAACAAAGACAGCGGGGACAAGUUGAAGUCGAUUCUCAGGGAGAAACAAUCCGAGGACGACGACAGACCGGUGGACGAGGAGAGGAAAAGCGUACGUUUCGACAUAGAGAAGGAAGUGGAUAUCAAGUACACUUACUCCAGGUCUGAAUACGAGUCGGAAUCCGAAUCUGACGAGCAAGAGGUGCUCGCUAUGCUCUCGAAUCGAGACACCGAGUGGAGCCCCUCGGCGCAGAAAAUCGGCCAAAGAUUCACGGGCGAGGAAAGCAAGGAUGAUCCCGAGGACAAGAUCGACGGAUGUAUCAAGAAGAGCUUAUCGUCGGAAAGGAUCGAAGCGUCGAAGACGCAAAACGGGAAGAUCGUGGGCAAAAGGUUCGUCGUAAGAAACGUGCCUGAGAACGAACUUCGUAAAAAGUUCGCCCCUCAGAACGCUUCCGAGAAGGAACACCGUAUGCAAAUGAGGGACAGUUUGUCCGGAGAGAGUUUGUCGAGGGAAAGCAGUUUGGACUACACGUUCACCAACAAAUUCAACAAGAUUAAGAACAUCGAUCUGGUUUCGAAGAGCGAGACCGAUUACAGCGACUCGGAACUAAGGCGGAAGAACAAAUUGAGAGUGGAGUUCCCGCGCAACGAGCAGACCGACGACGACGAGACUUCGGAUUUUUCUAAGAUCAAUCAAGAGACACGCGAUAUCUCGCGAAAGGAAGCCAAUGAGGCAACGAAGCAACAAGAUCAGAGCAAGAAGCUGGAGGAGACGAAAGCGAAAUUGAGUCAGGAGCACGAGAAGGACAUCGAGGCGUUGAGGAAAGAGUACAAGGACAAGCUGGAACAAAUGAAAAAAGAAUUGGAGGAGAAUUUUGCGGAGCAGAAGAAGCAAUUAGAGAAGAAUCUGAGCGACAAGUUGGAGGAUAUGAGGCGAAAGAUGGUCGAGAAGGAGGAACGAGAAAUUCAAAAAUUAAUCGCCGAAAUGGACGAGGCCAAGUUGGAGAAUCUGAGAAAGGUAAAGGCCGAAUUGGAGGUUUGCUACGAAAAGGAGAGGCAAGAGAUCUUGGCGAAUUUGAAGACCGAACUCGACGAAAGAAAGGGAGAAUUGUUGGAGCUGAGGAAUCAGGAGAUGGGGAAAUUGGAGAACGAACACGAACGCGACUUGGACGAGGAGAAGCUCGCCAAACUCAGCGAGAUCAAGUUGAGCAAGCAACACCAAGCGAGGAUCAAAACAAUGAAGAAGGAAUUGGAUAAAGAGUUCGACGAGUUGCGCAAACAAUUACGGGCACAGCAAAGGGAAAAUAUCACGAAAAUUACGGAGGAACACGAGAGUCGUCUUGUCGAAAUCCUACGCGAUUUUAGAGUCAAUGAGGAUCGCACGCGCAAGAUGUACAAGCAGUGUUUGGAAGAGAUUCGCGCCGAUUUCUCGCGCGACGCUGAGAAAGAGGCUAAGAAACAGACGGGUCGCGCUAUUCACCAAGAAAGCAUCGAGUUCGAGAAGAUGAGGUGCGAGAAGCGAUUGCUCCAAGAUAAGUACAUGGCGUUGAAGGAAAAAUACAUGAAAUUGAAGAAGGAGGUUCGUUCGGCUAUCGAGAGGAGGAGUAGGAGGAAGGAGGGAUACACGACCGCCUCGGAGACGGAGAGAUCGACGUCGACGAGGACGAGAACCGACAGGACCGAGUCGUCGGAUCAAAAUAUCCCAUUACGAAACACGCACUCGAGCUCGGCGACGACGAACACUAAACCGCCCGAGAUUCGGACGACGACGAACGAGCAGUCGGAAGAAUUGCACGAUCCGAACGAACAGAACUCGGUUCAGAAGGCGAACUCGGGGUUUCAGAAGAGCGCAGCUACGUCGAACGCGAAAAAUGUGAGAUUCCAUUCCGACGAAACGAGCAUCGCCAGCGAGACGAACGCGAACGUAACAACCGGCAAGAAGAACUUCGCCAAGAAACCGACGAUCCAAGCCAAACCGAGUUCAACCACUGGCAAUAAUAUUAACAACAAUAACAACAAUCUCGAAAAUCCAGUCGAAAAUAUAAGAAAACAGUUGGAGAAGCUCGAGGAUCUCGGUGAUCAAUUGCCAAGCAACGAAACGGCCUACACAUUGCGAUAUCCUUUCCAAGACAAAGCACCGGCGAACGCCUCUUCGGAGCUGGAGUUCUUCCGGCACCGAAUUCACGUCGAAAGGGAUUCAGUGAAGAGAGCACGGGAGGCGCUUCGACAUCAGGAGAACGUGUUCCAAGGGAGGCAGAGGGCUUGGAAGCAGCGUAGCGUCAAAGCGACCCUCGAACAAUUGCUUCAGGAAGAACGCGAACUUUCGGACAUGGAGGUGAAUUUGCAUCGAACCAAGAGCCUUUUGGGCGAGAAAGUGAUCCAUCUGAGGCAUUUGGAGCAAUCUUUGGAGAGAGUGGUUAACGCGAAAACGAACGAGAACGACGCGAACGCGACGAAAAACGAGGAAUUGACGUUGAGCGAUAUGUCGAGCGUGAGCAGCGGCGUCAGUUCAACCGAUCUCGGAACUGACACGUUCAUAGUUCAUUUCUUCGAGACUUCGAAAUCCCGCCUUUCGUUGAUUUAUUUCCACUCAAGAAUUUAUUUUCCAUCUCGUGGUCUUGAUCCUUCGUACUCAGACAAACCGGAUCACUACCAGGAGUCGACGGAAAUCAUCGCAAGUCUGGAAAACCUAAACUCGGAAAUACGUGAGAUAUGGGGCGUGCUGAAUAAACGUCAGGACACCAACAUACCACCGCCCUCAACUUUGAUGUAUUCGUAUUUGCGAUGGCUGCGUUUCCAUCAUCUUGCCGCCGAAUCGAAUAAUAUACAAGGAACGUUCGGUCCAACUCCAAACAUUCAGUCGAACAUCCUAUCCCAGUUAACGGUGACCCAACCACCGACACCCACCACGCAAAACAUUAUCGCCCAAUAUGGUCCCAAUAGCGGUUUCACAACCAGCGUUUGUACCGUUGAGAAACAUUCCUCGAAUCUGAUGGAGAGAACGUGGAAUCUACGGGAUUGGCUGAGACAAGCCUGCGUCGAGGGCACGGAUCAGUCCAGGUCGAACGACUCUAUAAAAAGCAGCCCGCAAUCCGUCGAAAAAUUUGGUUCCAAACGACAAUCGUUAGGCGAUUCCAGCACUCGUUUCGUCGAUGUAGACUCCAUGUAUCUACACGUGUUUCUCAACCAAUUCAAAAAGACGUGUUUUCGUUAGUUGUAUUACCAUUCCACCCGAUGGAAUCGAAUAGUCGUUUGGAAGCGAGGGUUUCGAUCGAGAGAUUCGCCAAAUGUACCUACCAUGGCCAAAUGUACAACGUGCUCGUUUUAAGAACUUUCCCUUAGCUUGUUCCUAUCGAGCUCAAAUUCGUUUUGUCGCGCGCCGAAUCUGCGUCGAAUUGGACGCGCAUCCAGCCACGAUGCAACGCAAUGGAAGAUCGUGGCCUUGGAGCCGUUCGAUCGAAACGAAUACGAGCUUCGAGAUGCGAACUUUUGCAAUUUUGUCGCCGCGUUCACAAUUUUCAAAAACGCUCGUCGACGUUUCUUACGAUUUUAUUCGGGGUGGCUGGACAAUUAUUGUUUCGUUACCAGGAAUUUUGACGGGCGCUGCUCUUUUAACGAUAACUGCAACGUUAUAGCUGAUAAUCAUGUAUAAAAAAAAAAAAAAACGGAACACUUUCAUAAUGGGAAUACGAACGGAUCUCAUCGUGCAAAUUUCUCGCGAGUCGUUGAGGAAACGAAUCAAACGUGUGUAUGUGUGUGUGUGUGUGAGAGAGAGAGAGAGAGAGAGAGAGAAGAGAGACAGAGAGAGAGAGAGACAGGAAGGGAAAAAACAGGCCAAGUUCUCUAUUGUAAAUAAGAAUUUUUCUCGAUAGCCGUAUCGCUCGAUACAAAUCCAAUCUGGUUCCUUUCUUCCCGACAGCCUGUUGAACCUUUAUAUAUAUUUUCGAGAUCGAUUUUUCCGUGAAUGUAACAAUGUAUAAUAUGCGUACCACCUAUAUAUAUAUAUAUAUAU